UCUGGUCAGCCACACCCCUCGCACUGCUGGGAGUCCAGCCGUCCAUUGUAGUCGUGGCGGAGGCAGCGCUACGGCUCCGGGAUUCUGCUCCGAAGACCGGCAGGGAGAGGAGGACCGCGCGGUAUCGCCUGGAGCAGCGGACGGGGCCAGCCCGGAGCAAAGACCAUGUUAGCAGUGUACUUUGACAAGCCUGGAGGACCAGAAAACCUUUACUUGAAGGAAGUGGCCAAGCCAAGCGCAGGGGAAAGUGAAGUCCUCCUGAAGGUGGCAGCCAGCGCCCUGAACCGGGCGGACUUACUCCAGAGAGAAGGCCAGUAUCCCCCGCCCCCAGGAGCCAGCAACAUUUUGGGACUUGAGGCAUCUGGACACGUGGCAGAGCUAGGGCCUGGCUGCCAGGGACACUGGAAGAUCGGGGACCCAGCCAUGGUUCUGCUGCCUGGCGGGGGCCAGGCUCAGUUUGUCACUGUCCCUGAAGGGCUCCUCAUGCCCAUCCCUGCAGGACUGACUAUGCUCCAGGCUGCAGCCAUCCCAGAGGCCUGGCUCACUGCCUUCCAGCUAUUACAUCUCUUGGGAAAUGUUCAGGCUGGAGACUCUGUGCUAAUCCAUGCAGGAUUAAGUGGUGUGGGCACAGCUGCCAUCCAACUUGCCCGGAUGGCAGGAGCUAUUCCUCUGGUCACAGCUGGCUCCCAGCACAAGCUUCAAAUGGCAGAAAAGCUCGGAGCAGUUGCUGGAUUCAAUUACAAAGAAGAGGAUUUUUCUGAAGCAGCACUGAAAUUCACCAAAGGUGCUGGAGUCAACCUUAUUCUAGACUGCAUAGGUGGAUCCUACUGGGAGAAAAAUGUCAACUGCCUGGCUCUUGAUGGUCGCUGGAUUCUCUAUGGUCUGAUGGGAGGAGCUGAUAUCAGUGGGCCUCUGUUUUCAAAGCUACUUUUUAAACGAGGAAGUUUGAUCACCAGUCUGCUAAGAUCAAGGGACCAAAAGUACAAGCAAAUGCUGGUGAAGGCUUUCACAGAACAAAUUCUGCCCCACUUCUCCAUGAAGGGCCCUCAGCGUCUACUGCCGGUUCUGGACAGAAUCUACCUCAUGAAUAAAAUUCAAGAGGCCCAUGAGUACAUGGAGACUAACAGGAACGUGGGCAAAAUCGUCCUGGAGAUGCCCCAGUGAAGCAGGAGUCAGCAGUACAGGACACAACUACCUAAGGACUUCCAAGAGCAAAUUUGGAGAAACUCCACUGUAGGCAGUCAGGCAGCCCGGUGCUACUCCAGGCCCGCCUUUAAUCAAUCCCCUGGUCCUCCCCCAGCUUUCUCAAAUGACCAGUGUAAAACCGGUCUCUGGAAAUAAAGAGAGCGCACUUA